GCUGGCAGCGGCGACAGGAGCAGGGGACAGUGGGCAGGAGAGCGGGGCUCACCGAGGCUGACCGAGGAGCCGCUGCCACGCCCCUGCCAUGGACAGCAAGGUGUGGGGUGCCUGCCUCCUCUGCUUGCUGUGCCCCUUACCCACCGUACUGGGCCACGUGCACCCAGAGUGUGACUACAUCACCCAGCUGAGAGAGGAUGAGCGAGCUUGUCUGCAAGCGGCAGAGGGGGUGUCCAACUCCACCUUUGGCUGCCCCAGGACCUGGGAUGGGCUGCUGUGCUGGCCAACGGCAGGCUCUGGAGAGUGGGUGAGCCUCCCCUGCCCGGCUUUCUUCUCUCACUUCAGCUCAGAGCCAGGGGCUGGGGCCUUGAAGCGGGAUUGCACCAUCACGGGCUGGUCUGAGCCCUUCCCGCCCUAUCCUGAGGCCUGUCCUGUGCCCCUGGAGCUGCUAACUGAAGAGAAAUCCUACUUCUCCACCGUGAGGGUCGUCUACACCAUGGGCCACAGCGUCUCUGCCGCGGCCCUCUUCAUGGCCAUCACCAUCCUGGUUGCCCUCAGGAGGCUCCACUGCCCCCGGAACUACAUCCACACCCAGCUGUUCGUCACCUUUAUUCUCAAGGCGGGAGCUGUGUUCCUGAAGGAUGCCACCCUCUUUCACAGCGAGGACACGGACCACUGCAGCUUCUCCACUGUUCUGUGCAAGGUCUCUGUGGCCACCUCCCAUUUCGCCACCAUGACCAACUUCAGCUGGCUGCUGGCAGAAGCUGUCUACCUGACCAGCCUCUUGGCCUCCACGUCACCCAGCGCAAGGAGAACCUUCUGGUGGCUGGUCCUUGCUGGCUGGGGGCUUCCCCUGCUCUUCACCGGCAUGUGGGUGGGUUGCAAGCUGGCCUUUGAGGAUGUUGCGUGCUGGGACCUGGACGACAGCUCCCCCUACUGGUGGAUCAUCAAAGGACCCAUCGUCCUCUCCGUUGGGGUGAACUUUGGGCUUUUUCUCAAUAUUAUCCGUAUCUUGCUGAGGAAACUGGAGCCAGCUCAGGGCAGCCUCCACACCCAGCGUCAGUACUGGCGUCUCUCCAAGUCAACCCUUCUCCUUAUCCCGCUGUUUGGAAUUCACUACAUCAUCUUCAACUUCCUGCCUGACAGCGCUGGCCUGGGCAUUCGCCUCCCCCUGGAGCUGGGACUGGGUUCCUUCCAGGGCUUCAUUGUUGCCAUCCUGUACUGCUUCCUCAACCAAGAGGUGAGGACUGAGAUCUCACGGAGAUGGCGUGGCCACGAUCCUGAACUUCUGCCAGCCUGGAGGACUCACGCCAAGUGGACGAUGCCUUCCCACUCAAGGGCGAAGGUGCUGACAUCUGUGUGCUAGGUUGGCCACAUCACGUGACUAGAAUCCACACCUGAACUUGGGCAGCUACCCGGGCCCACCACCCUUCAGAGGAGUGAGAGCAGUGCCCCCUGGGAACCGUCAGUUGACGCCUCCACCCAAGCUGCUGCCCAGCCUUUCUUCCCUGUCCUGUCCCUGACUCUUUUCGCCCAGGUCUCUGUGGGUCCACCUCUGAUUUCCUUGGUUCCUGUCUUGCUUUAUGUUCCUCUUCCUGGAGUCUGGGCCACAGCCCAACGCCAGAGGAGCCAAUAAACUUGUAAAUGAAUAGAUACACGUUUGAGUGAAACCGUGCGCCUCUGCAGGGGAGGGAUCUGUAGGCUUUAUUUGAACCCCCGGUGCAGACGUGCAUUUAUCGCGUCUCAGUUCAUGUCACGUCCCCAUCACUUGUCUGUGCAAGGAUCCUCUUGUUUAAUUCAUUAAAAAAAUGUAUUCUC